CGACUCUCAUCCAGCAGCUCUAUUGUCCCUGUGUGUGUGUGUGUAAAUGUGUGUGUGUGGAUGUGAGUGAGCGCCGGGCAGAGCUCGAGACAUGGCAGCGGCGCCCCCGAGUCCGCGCACCGGGAGCCCGAAAGCGCAGCUGCCGCCCUGUUAUUAUGAAGGAUACCUGGAGAAAAGAGGAGCUAAGGAGAAGGUCGCUCGACGCUUGUGGACCUGUUUAUGUGGAAACACACUGUACUUCUACAACAACCCGAAGGACACACAUUAUGUGGAGAAGCUGGAUCUCAGUGGCUUCGUCUUGAUCGAUGACCCGAGUCGUGACAGGAAUCUGGAAGCAGCUCGACUGAACCUGCGCAUGAAGGAUGGAGAAAUCAAGCUCACUGCACCAAGUCUGGAGGCACGUGAACUGUGGAACGGUUUCCUGUACUCUGUGGUAGAUCUGGCGGUGCCCACCACACUCACCCUCCUGCCCGGGCAGCUGCACAUGCUAAGAGAAGUGGUGGAGAAAGAAAAAUGCGUCGAAAGGCACGUGCGUCUUCCAGAGCCCCGUCGUCCCCGCUUCCUCUCUGCCGCUGGUGGGGAAAUACCUGCGUGUUUCAGGCCUGUGUCCCGUAUUGAAGCCGAGGUGCUGUUAGAAAGACAUCCAGACUGUGGAAACAUGCUGCUCCGACCAGGCCGAGACGGAUCUUCACUCGCCGUCACCACACGACAAGACCUGAAUGGGUCAGUUUUCAGGCAUUACAGAGUGACACAGAAGCAGCAGGGCGGUUACAUCAUCGAUGUGGAAAACCCAAUCCCCUGUCCCACACUGCAUGAUGUCAUCAACGCUCUGGUGGAGAAAACAGCCGGGACCCUGCAGCCCUUUAUAUUGGAGGAGCCUUAUGAAGAGAACAUCACAUUUGUGUCAUCCAAUGAUGAGAAUGGAGAGCGAACCCUUCACUGUGCUCCCACUGGAUUCCUCUCUCGAGCUCCAUCACUGCCCCCUAAACAAGUUGGUACAGACAAAUGGUCGCUGCGAUCACAAACGAGAUCUCCCAGUUCCUCACCAAGAUCUUUCUCCCCGUCUGGUUCCCCGUCCAACUCCAUGAGGAGGCUGGUUCUGUCUCCAUCACCACUCUCUCAGAGCCUCACAGACGAGCUGAAACAGAAGCUGGAGAAGAGACGGACCAGUCAAGAGUGAUUUUCCCUACUGUUUCCAACUCACCCUUCUCCGUC